CUGCGCAUGCGCGGGGUGUCAGGGCCGAACGGAGCCGAACCGAGCCGGGCCGGGCCGGGCCGAGCCGAAGCUGCAGUGCCUCCGUCCCCGCGGAUGCACAACCCCGUUUCCCACGAGCAUUCAGUUCCAAGGACUGGCAAGGCAUUUGCUUUUGAAGUAACACCACGUGAAUGUGCUAAGGUGGAAGUGAAUCUCUGCUUGCCUUGACAGCCAGGACACCUCAAUCCAGGAUCUUGAGAAAAAAAAAAAAAAACAAGAAUCGUUCUUUUGGCUUCAGAUUUUGAGCAUCAGAGGGGAGUGCUCCGGGAAUCAGCCUGUCCUUCUGGCCAAGCUGCCUGGGCCCACAUCAAUUCUCCAGCCUCAGCAAAGACACUGGAUUUGCCAAGCCUCAACUUGUCACUGCCACCUGAGCCCUGGAAGAGCUCAGAGGAGAUCCUCAGGGUCCCUGGUUCUGCCUGGAUCGGUGCUGAGGAGGAGCAGCAGGUGAGCCUGGCAGGGCUGCCUGCAGCUUGGGACAGCACUCAUGGUCCCCAGGAGCAGCCUCCAGCCUGCAGCUGGCACCUCCUACAGCUACAAACUGCAGUGCCUCUGGAGCCAGGUGAGGCACAUCGCCAGGGAGAGGGACAAGGCAAGGCUCAGUUUGGAGAGGGCAGAGAGACACUGCCUGCAGCUGGGCAGGGAGCUGGAUCAGCAGUACAUCACUCUUGAGCACACCCAGAGCAAGCUCAGGAAUUUUCAAGCAGAAAUAGAGGCAAAAGAGCUGCUUUUGCAGCAAGCAGUGAGUCACCAGGCAAAGCUGGAGGCUGCUACACAGCUCCUGCAGGGCAAAGAGGCCAACCUGCAAGGGAGACUGAACCAUGUGAUGAAUGAGAACACACAGCUACAAAACAAGGUCACAGAGAUGGCUGAGAAACUGUCAGCCUCUGAGGAAAUGGUGUUGGAGCUGCAAAAAGAACUCAACCACAUUGUGAAGGAUAAGCUGGAGCAGGGGGAGCCCCAGAGCCCCGAGUUCCUGAAGCAGAGCGAGCGCUUUGCCGAGAUUGUCCUGGAGUACGAGCGGCAGUGCCAGGUGCUGCAUGAGCAGAACACAGCGCUGCGCAGGGAGCUGCAGGGGCUGCGCCUCCAGCUGCAGGAGAGCAGGGCUCAGGCAGGGCUGCCAGCAGCAGAAAUGUCACUCCCAGUGGAGCAGCUCCAAGAGCAGCUGCAGGACCUGAAGGUGCAGCUGGAAACCAAGAGUGAUGAGGGCAAGGAGGAGCUCUCUCACCAGGAUGUCGAGAGGCCUCAGCUGGGCUGUGAGCCCCCUGAGCACAAGGCUGGUGACAGUGCUGGCCCUGGCACUGCCCAGCUGCACAGCCAGAGCCCUCUGGAGGCUGAGUGGCUACGAGGGGCAGAGAUUGCUGCCAGGCUGGAGCACCACCAGAGGCAUGCAGCGUGCUGGAUGGAGAUGGAGCUGCUCCAACAGCAGCUCCAGGCCUCACAGGGAAAGCUUUUGGAAGCCAAAGCCAACCUGAGCCUAGCCCAGGCCCAGCACACUCUGCAGUUGCAGCAGGCCAAGGCCCAGAUAAACAACAUGGUGCCAAAGAAACAGUUUGAGCAGCUGCAAAACACCCUGAGAGAGGAACAGUGCAAGACUCAGAGGCUCCAGGAAAGCCUCCAGCUGCAGGCUGAGCAGACAUGCAGGCAGCUGGUCAGGAUCCAGGAAGAACACGAGCAGCUGCUGCAGGCAGCUGUGGAGCAGGCAGAGGGGCUGGAGCAGAGUCUGAGGAGUGCUGAAGCUGUGCUGGCAGAGAGGGCAGCUCAGCUCAGAGAUGCCCAGGCCCAACUCUCCAGGAACAAACUGUUGAUUGAAGAGCUCCGUGGAGAGAACAGGAGGUUUGCAAUGGCCCUGCAGGCUGCUGAGCUGAAGCAGAAGAGCAUGGAGGAGAAGAACCAGCUGUUGGAGGAACAAGCCUCAGCUCUGAAGCAGCUUAUUGGAAAAAUCACACCAGCAUCUCUGAGUGGGUGAUGGAACUUCUGCAGUGGCAGCCCCUGCUCCUGGCUGGGGCUGGUCAGGUGCAGAAUGGGAGAUAUGGCUGGGUUAGGAAAUCAGCCUUGUCCUCUCUGGUCUUGCCAGGAUUUUCCUGUGCAGAAAAUAGCAGAUGGGGAGCCUAGAGUCCUUUGAGGAAAUUGGUCUUGUGGACAGCUGAAUUUUCCAGCUGAAAGCAGCAGCCUUGGGGCCUUUCCCAGUGGCAGUGUGCUGUUAUGUCAUGUCUGUCUCAGGGCAGCCAGCUCACAGGAUUUUCUUUGGCAGUUUAGUGGUGGUGCAGGUGCUCCCUCUCUGCAGAAGGCUGGUGUUGGAGCCACAGUUACAUCUCAAAAGCCAGGGCAGAAAGGCUUGCAGGACCCUGUGCUUGGUCACUCCUGAGCUGUGGCAUUAAAAAAUUUGUAAUGUUACAGCACCUCCUGCUUUUCCCAGUCUGCUCUGUAUUUCAGUCACCUUCCCCAACUGCUGCUGAACAUUUAUUGCCAACAGCUCCUCCUACAGCCUGAGCCUAGGAUCCAAACCCAACCAGAUUGUUGUCUCUGCAGUGAGCAGGACAGAGCAAUGCUGUAAUGGCCCAGGCAUUUAUCCUGUUCCUGCCUUCUUCCCCAGCUGUUUGCUUUUUCAGCUCCAGCCUGAGAUGGGGGCUAAGCAGACCUCCAGUCUCACUUAGGGCUGAUGUUUUUGCAAGUGUUCUCCCAGACACAGUGCAAGAGCUGAGCAGCUCCACUAGGAAAAGGGAAAGGAACUCUUCAGCCUUGUUCUGGUUUUGUGCUACCCAGAAUCCUUAAAACCCUCUGCUCCCUUUCCCACCCCUACUCCAAGUAGCCCAUAGACCCAGCCAGACCAGUGCUGUGGGAUAAGAGAUUCUUCACAGGAACAGAGGCACAGGCCAAGCACACUGGGAAAAACCCAGGCCCACAGUCCAGACUGCAAUGAUCAUUCAUUCACACAGCACCUCAGGAAACAUUUAUGGGUCUCUGAUGGGGACAAGGCUUCAUGUCUAAUCCUGGAAGGAACCUUGUGCAGCCUUAUCUGACACUUGGAGGAGCAGCUCCAUUGAGAU